CGCACUGUUUAUGUGCGAUAUGAAUGAUCCAGCCAGGCACAGCAAAGUAGACUGGUCGAAAUUUGACAGAGGGAAGCGGAUUUUCAUUCAUUGAGCCAAGAUUAUCGAUUCGUACAAAUAUAUUUUGUUGGUUUUGAUUGAGAUAAUGUAGUUUGACUCUAAUACUGAUGUCAAAGAUGGUCAAUCCACAAACCACGGGUCAAUAUGAGGUUGUAAAAUGUGUGAUUGUUGGAGAUUCUGGAGUUGGAAAAACAUGUUUGAUACGAGCUCUGGCGUGUAAUGCUAGAUUUAAUUUACAGGAACUUGUUAAAACACAUGUAGCUACAGUCUGGGCGAUUGAUCAUUAUCACAACGAUGAAGAGGUUAUGGAAAGAUCAUGGUGUGAUGUAGAUGGUGUACGAGUAUCAUUACGACUCUGGGAUACAUUUGGUUACCAUGAUAAACAACGAGAAUUUUCUUAUAAAGGAGCUGAUGUGAUAGUAGUUUGCUUUAGUACAGUUCGACCAGCAUCGUUAAAGAAUGUUCGUAGUGUGUGGUAUCCAGAGAUUCGAAGAGUUUGUCCGACGACACCUAUAUUACUGGUCGGAACGAGAACAGAUCUACGUUAUUUAUAUAAUGAUGAAAAAUAUCUUCAGACACAGAAAGGGCUUCUAUACGUACCAAUUGAAGAGAAGGAUAUUAUAACUCCAGAAGUUGGUCGUGAUAUAGCGAAGGAAAUUGGAGCACCUUAUUAUGAAACCAGUGUUUUAUCCCAUCAUGGUAUCGAAGAUGUUUUUAUUAAUGCAGCAAGGGCAGCACUCAUUGAGAGACGUAAACUCAAAUUCUGGAAUGCCCAGUUGAGACAUGUUCAGCGUCCCCUAAUUCAGUCACCAAUGAGAAUCCCUAAACCUUCCGUGCCCAAAGCUGAUGUUCCGUCAUCCACGUUAAAUAAUGAUUUAUCCAGACUUCUGUAUCAGCAAGCAGAAGCCGACGUUUUAUUUUCUGUACAAGGCUCAUGUAUUCAAGCUCAUAAAAUAUGCCUGAUGGUGACUUCCCCUGUUUUCGAGGAGCUUUUUUCAUUGGAUGUUCUGAAGCAGUUGCCAACUGGUCGCAAAAACAGACAUUCUGCCAGAUUAUCUUUCAUUGGAGCCAGUAUGCACACGGAUGAAGAUAAGUUAAUAGAAAGUGACGCAGAGUCUGUGAGUACCGAGGGCGAAUUAUCAACGUCAAGAGUGUCUGGUUUUGAGAACUUUUUGAAUGUUGACGCAGUGAAUGGAAAUUUCCCAGUAAUCAGCGCCUACAACCAGAAAUCUAUCGAAACGGUUGAACUGAAAUAUUGCGAAGAUCCCUUUAAGCCUGGACAAUCUUUCCUACAGACUGUAGUAACUUUAAACCGGGAGAUAACUCCCAGGGCGUUCCAAUAUAUUCUGGAGUAUCUUUACACCGGUGUUGUCAAGGAAACAUACGGAAUGAACGAAGUUAAAAUAGCGGCAGAAAUUUUCGAAAUGACCGAUCUUCUUGUGAUGAUGUCCAAUCUCCAAACGAAUGAGAAUUAUCUCAAUAAAGAAUUAAAACGAAAAUUUCAUGAAGAUAGAUUAUCGAAGAUUCGUGAAUUAGCACUACAUAAGGAACUAAUGACAGAUAUUACGUUUAAAGUGGAUGAUGGAUUAGUUUCCGCACAUAAACCUCUGUUAAUAGCCAGAAGUGAGAUGAUGAGAGCUAUGUUUAGUGGUGAUUUUAGAGAAUCUGUAGCCGAUGUGGUACAGUUUCCUGGAGUUACAAAAGAUACAUUUCGAGCUCUUCAAGAAUUUCUGUAUACGGACGAAGAGCCGUGUAUGGAAGGAACAGAUUGUGUCAAUUUGAUUGGUUUAGCUAAUCAAAUGUGUUUAUUCCGUUUGAUUAGUUUAACGGAGCUUUAUGUGAUAAGGGAACUGUCUCAAUGUGAAAAAGAUGGAGACGAUAUUAUUGAAGAUGUUAUUAAUUUAUUGGAACCGUCUCAGUUAUAUGGAGCAGAUGAACUAGGUAAAUGGUGUUUAUCUUAUCUGGCUUGUCAUUAUAAAGAAAUUCACCAGAAACAUCAUAAAGCAUUUAAAGUUCUGCAGAAAGACAAUCAAGAAUACAUUGAGAAACAUCGCUGGCCUCCUGUAUGGUAUCUGAAAGAAGUGGAACAUUUUGAGAAAGCCUCCCAAGCUUCUUCUGGACAUUUUGAACAAAAACAACGACAAGAUUUCAAUAGAUGGACAAACUGUUCCAGUGGUUGUUUAUGUUUUUGUAGAAGAGGACGUGCUCACUUUGAUCGUGGCGACAGAAUAGAUAUGCCGAUAUGAAGAGUUGACAACUCUAAUACCACCAAAUUAACCGAUUUUAUGCUGGAUUGAAUUUUGAGGGAUUAGUUUUUUUUAAAAUAAGCCCUGUCUUAGUAUUAUAGUCCUGGACUAAUGGACAGUUGUAGUAAUAAAACCAAAACCAAAACAAGUGUGUUUUGAGUUGUGAAGUACAGUAAUAUUUAGACAUACGUAUAAAAUUCAGUCUAGUAUUAGAAAUAGUUAUUCAAUAUUAGGAUUUAUGUAACAAUUCUGCGCUCCGUAAUGCCAUAAGAAAUGGUCUAAAACCGAUAAAUGUGAGAAAUAUGCCGUGGAUAAUUAUAUAUUUAACUUCAUUUCGAAGUUUAUUGUAUUACAACUCAAAUUAUCAUGGUCUUUGUGUUUUUUUAUAGAGCAUGUGGUAAUAUGUGUGAGUAUGAUUUUACUACGACCAAUUCAGCUCUUUAUUUGUCUUUAACCAAGUAAGAAAUUUCUCUAAUAAAAGCUAUUUAAAUAGCCAAAAGGGGAAUAUUUCAUAAAUAAAUAUUAGAAGCCCUACUAUUUCUUACACCAUGCUGACAAAACGGUAUAGACACAUGACACGAUACCCUACCAUAAAUAAAACAACAUGAAAUAAGUUUUUGUGCAUUAUGAAAAACGACCGACUGAAAAGUUUGAAGUUGAAGCCCUGGUAUGAAGACGGGUGGGGAGGGUGGGGAUUUUCAUUUAUGGAGGACACAGAAUGUUUACAGCUAGUAUUGUAACUCGUGAAGUUGUUUGUUGGAUUCAGGAAUUCAAAUCAGAAGUAUUUAUUCAUAUAAGUCCUGUUCUAAACAGAACAAUGUAUUGAUCUAUUGUAAUUUGAAGUAGUAUUAUUUAAGAUAUUUUGACGAUGUUAUAUUAUUGCUAUGACAAUGACUUCUGUGAUGUAGCUGAGGAGGUAGAUUUAUAUCUGUUUAGCUUUGUAUUUCUUUGUAUAUCAGACGAUCAUUGUUGCACUGAAAUAAAACCUAAAUAUAUAUUUUAACCCCUUUUAACAUACAUUAUAUCAAGUCAUAACAUUAGGCUUGUUAUUAUACUGUAUGUCCACUGGUAUUUUAGAUAGUUAGUAGCAUGGAGCCAUAAUAUGCCAGGGGAGGGAUUAGAGAAGGAAAAAAGUUUGGAUAGGUUUUUUUUAGUCAUAAUGUAAUAUUCACACAUAUGCAACCAAUGUUCAUGUAUGGACUGUAUAAAUAGAUCUUCGAUCUUCCCAUUCUUCAAUGCAAUUCUCACUGUCCAGCGUUCAACUCAGCUUUUGGCUUGUGCACUUUAUCUGCCUUGACCUAUGGACUGGGACGCAAAUCAAAUAAUUUUGAAAUACAGCCCUUGAAACUAUAUAUAUGUGGACUAAAGGGCAGACAACUCUGUUAGUGUGUGUAUUAUAUCUCUACAUACUACUGUAGUUGAACUAUUAGAAUGAAUUGAUCAAGAACUAUAUUUGUAGACUGGAAGGGCAGAUAACUCUGCAUGUGUGUAUAUUUUAUCUCUAUAUACUACUGUAGUUGAACUAUUAGAAUGAGUUGAUCAAGUAGAGUGGUAGUAAUAGUAUAUAUAUCCUACAAUAUUAAUAUAAUUGAAAUGAUAUGGUUAUUUAUAUUUCUAUAUUUCCCACCAUAUUAUUGAGAGCACUUUAUACCUUGUCAUAUCCUGUUAAUAACUGCCUUGUUUAUAUCCCACUUAAUAUACCAUACAAUAUGUGCACUUAUUAUUUUAAUGAUAUAUAUAAACACUGUUUUAAUUAGAUAAUAUUGUAGAUAUUAAACUGUAUGUAUUAGCAGAUAUUGUAGGGUGUUAUAUAUAACAAUAUAUGCAUUUACUACAUUAAUAAAUAAACACUGUUUUGAUUAGCACUUAGUGUAGAUAUUAGUGUAUUAGAUACAUUAUCUCCCAUUGUUUUAUUCUAGGCUAUAUAAAGACAGUUAUAAAUAACCCUUCUUAUUCAAAUUUAUCGUUUAAAAAAACCCAAACAAACUUGUAUGUCAUUUGUUUACAAAGGGCAAAAUAAAAGGGGACGGGGUUCAGUUAGCAGAAUGAUUUAACUCCUGCACUUCAGAUCAUAAGGUGUGUCAUUGAGUCAAGUUGUGUGGUUUUCAGUUCGCCUGUCAAACCUUGUGGGUUUUCUUCAGGUCCUACAGAAUGAUUAAAAUAAUGAUAACUAUUUAUCAAUCUGCUGAUAUGUUUUUAUAAUUAAAUAUUCCAGUUACUGUGCAAAUUGUAAAUAGCUUGUUCAGAUUUAUACACUGUAACCUGGUUAUCAUUUAAUCUUGUGUAUCUAGCACUAAUUUCUUUUACAUUCGUUUAAUAUCAAUUCUUUGUUUAAGAAUUCAUAAAAAAACUGUUUAAAAUCACUAAAAAUCAUCCAGUUUAAAGCUGACCAUUCUAUUUUGAUAAUGAGUGUCCAAUUUACAAGUGUUUAAUUUCCCAGUCACUGUUAAAAUAUAAACAACCCAAUUGAUUAUUGAUGUAUAAUGAUUAAUGAUUAAUUUUUUAACAAUGGUCAGAAAAUUAAAUACUUGUAAAUUGGACACUCAUUAUCAAAAUUAAUCAGUCAGCUUUAAACUGAACACAAGUACAAAUUAGAUGAUUUUUUGUUGAUUUUAAACGAUUUUUACAAAUUUUUAAACAAAGAUUUGAUAUUCAACGAAUGUGAAAGAAAUUAGUGCUAGAUACACAAGAUUAAAUGAUAUCCGGGUACACUGAUACAUGUCAUCAUUGUUCCUUCUAGGUUGUACACACGCACAUUUCGUAAUGAAUGCACAAAGACAAUUAAUAUGGGCAUAAAUUUUAGGCCAUAACAUUUUUAUGAGGCACGAGCGAUAUGCUGUGUGAAAAUUAUCUUGAAAUAAUUUUUAAGUUUAAAUUGUUUCAAUGGCAUUUAAUAAUUGAACUGGAAUAUACAGGUGACAAUUCUAUUGAAUACAAUUACUGCUUAUUAAACAUGCAUUAUGCAAGAGCAAAAUCUGCUUAUUACAAGUCUUUCUUUAGGCCUGAAAUGUUAUCUAAAUUAUCAAUUAGACAUUAACUUAUCCAGACCAUAAUAAACUCUCGAUGUCAAGGCUAGCCUUCGAUGUUGGCUGGAUUAGAUUCCUAUAUGCCGCUAACGGCCAAUGAUAAUUAAAUCAGAAAAAGUGGAUAAUCGAGACUUAGCUGUUUAUAUUAAUGAUUUUAGUAAUGAUGACCAAGACUAUGCAAAAAUUUCACCUGCUUCUUUCUCGGCUCAUAGUGGAUCAAUUUGACUGAAAUUUCCAGGAAAUUACAUUUACACUAUCUAGUUUUUAACUAUUAUAGCGAGAACUGUCAUCUCUUUAUCUUAUCUCCCAUAAUGUAUCUUUAAUGAGUGAUGUUUCAAUAAUGACUAGAGAAGCCUAAUCGAAACGUCACUCAGUAAUAAGCAGUAAUUGUAUUCCAUAGAAUUGUGACCUGUAUAAUUUUAUGUUUACAUUUCAACAUGUUCUAUUGUCACAGGAAUAAAAUGUUUGUGCACACUGAUAACCAGAGAUGAAGAGGGAACAUUGCAUGAUAUCUAUUAAUCCUGUAUUUAAUUACUAUAUGUACUAUAACUUAAGCUGGAACUUGCCAUUUCUUCAUAAAUUUGAUUUUAUCUAUAUUUACAGUAAUUAAUGACUGCAUCCUUUUUGACGUACAUCACAUUCAUUUCAACCAUAAUUUAGUAUAAUAUAUGCACAACAAUACUAUUAGCAAAUUUUCAUGUAUCAUAGUACACACCUGCCGAAUUGUAGAUAUCAAUUUAUCGUUUGCAAAUGCAAUAUAUAAUCGCAAUAUCUUAUCACUGCUAGUUUUCUCAGUUUUGUCCGCUUUUGCACUUGAUCUGAAUGUCACAGAUUUUUGGGGUUAGUUUUUCAUUUGAAGAAUGAUAAAGCAUGCAAUGCAGUGUUGGGGAUAAAAGUUCACGAUAGUUUGUGUGACGAAUUUUCAGCUGAUAUAAUUGUCAGGCUUGCUGGGACACGAUUUAGUCUUGUUUUUUUUUGUUAUUAUUAUUUAUAUACAUAUAUACCAGUAUUUAUCAUUAUAUAACAAGUGCUUUCAUGUAUCAUUAUUUUGUGUUUUUCUAUAUUUUUGUGCAAUAUUAUCUGAAUCAUUCUAGUGGCUUCAGUAAUAAAAUCAUUUAUUGAAA